AGUAUCAGCGCGCGCACAAAGGCUGCGGCUCGUGCCUCUCAGGCGGGAUACAGCGUCCUACACCGCAGCCCUCAUGCUCAGGACUCCGGCACACGUCGCUCCACGGAGACCCUCUUGGGAUGCGCAAAGAAGUGAGAGUGAACAGCGAGGAGCCCUGUGAUUGGCCGCCCGCCUCCAGAAAGCAUCCAGAAACAACGGUGUAUGUUCGUUCAGCUCAUCGAAGCGAGCGAGCUGCUGCCAGUAAACUUACACAGCAGGCGUGUUCCUAGCCUGGAUGCGUUCGCGGGAUUUUGCCUAGUUGGACGACACGUGCACGUUUAUUGGAAAACAAACUUGUGAAGGAUUUGGUGACACAAGGAGGCAGACUCACUUCGCCACCUGCGCCGGAGCACUGCGUUAUCUGGGAGCAUCAUCAAGGUGCCUCUCUCCUCUCUUGUGGAUGACCAUGCUGUGGAUGAAGUGGAGGAUGGUGCUGGGGUCCCUCUUUGCAUGGAGACGGAGGUGGCUGCGAUCUCUCUGGUUCCUCCUGCUCUUCACCGCAGGAACUUUAAUUGUCUUUCACCAGCAAGAUCUGUCUGACACAGUGCAGCAGCAAGGCCCAGGUGUGAAGCAGAGAAGCACUCCACGGCAGUCCAGAGAGACCCUCUCCACAAAAGACAAGGAUGGAGAAAAAUCAGACCUCAUCACAGACCACCUCACAGAAGAGCACAACGCCUCUAGUCCAAUCCCUCCCAUGCAAUUCCCACAUUAUGAGAGGAGUAAGCUACCUGCUGAACAUGGAUCAGCAAAACAAGUCUUCGAACUGCUUACAGUCACCCCUAAAUCCAGAAAGACUUUUAAAACCAAACCACAACUCCAUCGCACUAACAGCGUACCCCCUUCUCCCUCCUCCUCCUCCUCGAGUACUGCGGAAAACUGGUCAAAACUCUCUCGGACUUUGGAGGCACGCAGGGAGCUGAUGAGGAACAUGUGUGCCAAAUACAAAAGCCACACUUCCAGGACUAUCACUCGGGAGCACGUACGGAUGAUCUACGUGGAGGACAGGUACAAGCUCCUGUACUGUGAGGUGCCCAAAGCUGGCUGCUCCAACUGGAAGAGGACAUUGAUGGUUUUAGCAGGUAUAGCCUCGGACACGCGCUCUCUCUCUCAUGACACGGUCCAUUAUAAAAACCAUCUGAAAAAGCUUGACAGUUUUGACUACAGCGGUAUCAUGCGACGCCUUCAAACUUACACUAAAGUCGUUUUUGCGCGGGAACCAAUGGAAAGACUGGUAUCGGCGUACAGGGACAAGUUUGAGAAUCCCAACAAACAUUACCACACUGUUUAUGGGCGACCUAUUAUAGCCAAAUACAGGACUCACCCUUCUCCAGAGGCGUUGAGCACGGGAGAUGGCGUUACAUUCACGGAGUUUGUUCAGUACCUGUUGGACGUGCACAGGCCCGUCGGAAUGGACAUUCACUGGAAUCUGGUAGACAAUCUGUGCCACCCUUGUCUCAUAGAUUACAAUUUUAUAGGCAAGUUUGAGAACAUGCAAGAGGAGUCCAACUUUUUAUUGCGAAUUAUGAAGGCGCCAAGGAAUUUGACGCUUCCGCAAUUUAAAGACAGGAACCCAAAAGACCAAAAGACGUCAAGUGAGAUCACAGAGAAAUAUUUUGCACAGGUCAGUCCAUGGCAGAGGCAGCGGGUGUAUGACUUCUACUACAUGGACUAUCAGAUGUUUAACUAUACUAAGCCUUUUAAGGAUAUACACUGAAACAUUAUGUAGAGUUCUAUCCAAUCACAAUCACAUUCCACAACAUGUAAAGUCAGUACAUCUCCUGCAAGCCAAACGUUCUCAGAGCUGACAAACUACUGGUUAGAUAUUCCUAAAGCCCAGAGUAUAUUAUCAAAUGGUUUAUUAUGUGGUAUAACUGUACUAAUAUUAUGUCUACUGUCCUAAAUGCAAUUGUGCACUCU